UUUUCAGGUGAACUAUUAAAGGGUACGCUUAAAUUGAUUUAUUGCAUUUUGGAUAAAGAUGAAAUGUUUUGUAAAGAAUGGAAUAUGCAAGAAUUAAUUGGAGUAGUUAUUGAAAGUGGAAAACAGUUGUUAACUCUAAAUGAUUAUAAGGCUCUAGAUGAAUUUUGGCACACAUUAUACUUUCUUUUACAGCAAGAAAAUAUUAAUUUCAACUUGGAAGAAAACUUCAAUCCUAUUUAUGAAGUGUUCAGCCAUUAUAUUCUGAAACAUAAAGAAAAUGAAAACUUGUUACCUCACUCGGACAGCUUUACUGCCGUUGCAGCUGCCAUAUCCAUUUUUAUUAUUUUGUAUAGUUCUAAAAUUGAUGAAAGACAUUCACUUAAUGCAGAUCAUUGUUUAAGGUAUAUUAAAAAAAUGUUUGAAAUUGUUAAGAAAAUUGUUAUCAAGAAGGAAACAAUGGAGGAGCAUGACUCUAUCAACAAGAAAAUGAUUUCUGAAUCUGUGUUAAAUGAUUAUUCUAUAGAUAUCACAGAAGAUUUGCGUCACCUUUAUAUUUUACAUGAUUCGCUAAAUGACUUAUGCAAUUUAAUGAAUAGUUCAACAUGAUAAGAACUUUAAUGGCUGAAUUACAAAUGUGCAAGUUUUUUCAUUCAUAAAUCAGAAUUUUUUUAAUAUGCUUAUAUCUGUACAAUAUAAAAAGUAAUAAGCAUUAAUACUAAAUUAAAUAAAUAAAUUUUUGAACAUCAAAAAUUUUUUACAGCUAAUUCUUUAUUUAGAAACAUCCAUUUAAUUUAAUUUUGCUCUUUAGGCAAUCAAUCAAAUCUUUAUUAAUACAGCAGUACUUUUGUACCAUGCCCAGUUCUGCAUGGCACUGCUGGUAUGCUAGUUAAGCAUUAAGAGUUCUUUUUUCGUAUGCAUUGUAGGGUUUGGCCAGGCCCACAAUAAGUCCUGUCCACCCCAACAUAUCUGGGACAGACUGAUUAUGAAAAAUUGCUGGUGUUUAUCUGGACCUCACAGAGUGGAAAACUGACAUCUUUAUGCUAGGGCUAUCCAGCUGUCCAAAAUUUAAUUAUGAGCAGUCUUACUGCAUUAAUGAAACAUUGAUCAAUCAUAGGAGAAAUAAUAGAAUUUAAAGUAAAUCAGUUGUUUGAAGUGUCAUGUAUUACCAAUGUUACCUGUUAUGAUUAGACUCAGACAUUUGAUGUCAGCUCGAACAAGAGAUGAGGAGUGAAAGUCAUGCAACAAGAGAGUAUGAAAGUAGAAAAUAGAGUAGCAAGCAACAAAUCUUUUGUCUAUAAGACAAAAGAUUUGUUGCUUGCUACUCUAGUCAAUGAUCAGUCAGUCUCUAGUCAAUAAUUAAAAUUGUUGAGUCACAGCACAGUUACUGAACACAGAAAUAUUUUUGGAAAAAUUAACAUUUCCAUUAUUGUAGGCCAUCUCUUGUUUUUGCAUUUCCUGUUCAGGUCAUCUUGUGUGGAAAAUUCAUUUACUCGUAUAUAUAGCAAUAGCCUAAACAUAAAAAACUGUGAGGAUCCAGAUCAGAUUUGAACCUGCAUUUCUCACUUAUAAGACGACGGCUGAUUUUCUUGUCAACAAUAAUUGAACAGAAGAAUUGUUUAUUAAUGAGCUUUAAUGAAUAUUCUUAUCAUUAUGGAAAACGAUUUUAAGAGAGAAACUUUAAAGUUAACUAUAAACAUUGAAAAAGUCUAAAAUGCAAUUUGUAGUUAAAUGUAUUGUGAUGAUAAAUCAAAUCAAUAAAACUAAAAUAUAAGAAAAUGGAUUCCAUUUCUUGUGAUAGAUCCAAUAAAGGAAGAUUGUAUGUAAAUUCGUUAAAGUGUAACUAUGCAUAAUAAAAGUUUUCAUAGUCU